AUGGUUUCUCAAGGCCCUAUGGUCGUAGGUGUCAGCGUGGCAUUUGCCGCCUUAACCUUCGUUGUUUUGGCUCUUCGUCUCUUUUCGCGCAUUUUUGUCCUGGGUCAAAUGGGUAUGGACGACUACCUCAUCGUUUGCGCUUGUGCGUUGUCUUGGGCAUUCAUUGCUGCCACACUUGUCGCGGUCAAGCAUGGGCUUGGAAAACACAUUGAGGAUGUCGACCAAACCAAGAUGGCCGUCUGGCUGAGUUCAAUGUUCUAUCUCGCAACACUUGGGUUCAUCAAAACCUCCGUCCUGUGCUUCUAUACUCGCCUCGGAGAUCGCUAUCUCACUCGCCUAUCCUGGGUUAUGUUGGGGGUCAUUAUGGCACAAGCCAUCUCAUUCGUUCUCGUGGCUGCGUUCCAAUGCCAACCCAUUAGCAUGGCCUGGACUGGCACUGGACCCGGAAAAUGCGUCGACAUCAAUCUUUUCUACCUGUGCAACGCCGCCCUGAACAUUGUCACCGAUCUCUUAACCUAUACCUUGCCCAUCAAGGUCAUCUUCCAUCUCCAGAUGCCUCGGAAACAGAAGAUUGUUCUGGCCUUUAUCCUCUGCCUUGGUCUUUUUGCUUGCGUUUCCUCGAUCAUCCGAAUCACCUACAUUCCCGCCAUGCUUAGCUCGAAGGACUCCACCUACGCCAUCAGCGGUGCCAUGUACUGGUCCGUUAUCGAAACCAACGUCGGCAUCUUUGCCGCCUCAAUCCCAUCAUUCAAGGCAAUUGCCUCCCGUUUCCUGCCCCGCUUCAUCGGAGAGUACAGCAGUGGGAAGAAAUCCGGCCCCUGGUCAAGCGACAACCAUGCCCCGCGAUAUGCAUCUGGGUUCGCCAAAGUCAGAGAUCCGAAUAGCAUCACUAUGAUCACAGUCAACGGAAAGGAGGAUGUUCCCAUGGGUACCAAUAUUGGCGCGGCCAGCAACUCCAGCGAGGAGCGCAUUAUCCCCCAAGGCAAGAUCUUCGCUCACACGGAGAUCGAAACUACCUUCGAAAGGAACGAUGGUGGAAGCGACAGUUCGCUCGAGCGGGCUCGUCGAUGA